AUGGAAGAUCCGCCCAAGGAAAGACCUACAGAAAAGAAGGUCGACCGGAAUGCGCAUCUACGGCUUCACAAGCCGACAGACAAGGGGGAGAAGCCAUACAAGUGUGAUGGCUGCCCUGCAAAGUUCAGCUGCAGCAGUGACCUGCGGCGCCAUAAGAUGACACACACCGGUGAGAUGCCAUACAAGUGCGACGUCUGUUCUGCAAAGUUCAGCCGAGGCGGGCACCUACGGGACCACAAGAGGACACACACUGGCGAGAAGGCAUACAAGUGCUAUGUCUGUCCUGCAGAGUUCACCCAGAGCUCACACCUGCAGCGUCAUAAAAAGACACACACGGGCGAAAAGCCAUACAAGUGUGAUGUCUGCCCUGCAAAGUUCAGCCUGAGCAGUGACCUGCAGUGCCAUAAGAGGACACACACCGGUGAGAAGCCAUACAAGUGCGAUGCCUGUCCUACAAAGUUCAGCCGGAGCGGGCACCUACGGGACCACAAGCGGACACACACUUGA